GGCCCGCGCUCACUCGGAGGCCGGGCGGCCGGCGGCAGGACGCGCUCGCGGAGUCGGGCCCGGCGGCGGCCGGCCGCGCGCACCAUGCCGUCCUUCGACGAGGCGCUGCAGAGGGCCGGCGAGUUCGGGCGCUUCCAGCGGCGCGUGUUCCUGCUGCUGUGCCUGACCGGCGUCACCUUCGCCUUCCUCUUCGUCGGCGUGGUCUUCCUGGGCAGCCAGCCCGAGCGCUACUGGUGCCGCGGCCCGAGCGCCGCCGCGCUGGCCGAGCGCUGCGGCUGGAGCCCGGAGGAGGAGUGGAACCGCACGGCGCCCCCCGAGCGCCGCGGCGACGGCAGCUGCCGGCGGUACCUGCUGGAGGCGGCCAACGCCAGCGCCGCGCCCGACGCGCUCAGCUGCGCCGACCCGCUCGCCGCCUUCCCCAACCGCUCGGCGCCGCUCGUGCCGUGCCGGGGCGGCUGGCGGUACGCCCAGACCCACUCCACCAUCGUCAGCGAGUUUGACCUCGUGUGUGGCAAUGCUUGGAUGCUGGACCUCACACAAGCCAUCCUAAACCUGGGCUUCUUGGCUGGAGCCUUCACCUUGGGCUAUGCUGCAGACAGGUACGGCAGACUAGUCAUUUACCUAAUCUCCUGUUUCGGUGUCGGCGUCACCGGUGUUGUGGUGGCAUUUGCACCCAAUUUCCCUGUGUUUGUGGUCUUCCGCUUCCUACAAGGUGUGUUUGGAAAAGGGACAUGGAUGACCUGCUACGUGAUUGUAACAGAAAUAGUAGGUUCAAAGCAAAGGAGAAUUGUGGGAAUAGUGGUCCAAAUGUUCUUCACCCUUGGAAUCAUAAUUCUCCCUGGAAUUGCCUACUUUAUCCCAAAUUGGCAAGGGAUCCAGCUAGCCAUAACGCUGCCCAGCUUUCUCUUCCUCCUUUAUUACUGGGUGGUUCCUGAGUCUCCCCGCUGGCUGAUUACACGGAAGAAAGGAGAUAAAGCAUUAAAAAUCCUGAGGAGCAUUGCCAAGUGCAAUGGGAAAUAUCUCUCACCAAAUUACUCAGAGAUCACUGUUACAGAUGAGGAGGUUAGUAACCCAUCCUUUUUAGAUCUGGUGAGGACUCCCCAAAUGAGGAAGUGCACACUUAUUCUUAUGUUUGCUUGGUUCACAAGCGCGGUGGUGUAUCAGGGACUCGUCAUGCGCCUGGGAAUUAUAGGAGGCAACCUCUAUAUCGACUUUUUCAUCUCAGGAGUUGUGGAACUGCCCGCGGCCCUCCUGAUCUUACUGACCAUUGAGCGUUUUGGACGACGCCUUCCCUUUGCAGGAAGCAACAUAGUGGCGGGGGUGGCCUGCCUUGUCACUGCAUUCUUACCCGAAGGAAUACCCUGGUUGAGAACCACAGUUGCUACCCUGGGAAGACUAGGGAUAACCAUGGCCUUUGAAAUUGUUUAUUUGGUAAAUUCAGAAUUGUACCCAACAACAUUACGAAACUUUGGAGUUUCUCUUUGCUCAGGUUUAUGUGAUUUUGGGGGAAUCAUAGCCCCGUUUCUGCUCUUCCGGCUGGCGGCCAUUUGGCUGGAACUACCUCUUAUCAUCUUUGGUGUCCUGGCAUCGGUGUGUGGUGGGCUCGUGAUGCUUUUGCCCGAAACCAAGGGUAUUGCCUUGCCAGAAACAGUGGAUGAUGUAGAAAAACUUGGCAGUCCAUAUUCCUAUAAAUGUGGCAGGAAAAAGAAAACUCAACUGUCCAGCUCUCACCUUUGAGGCCCGCUGCCAAAGACGAAAGGAAGGAGCUCUUUGGGUUGACCUCUCCCAAGGAACCGAUGUGCCUUGCAGACACGUGUGUGUCCGUUUCAGCUACGUCAGGCUGUGUGGCUCCAAGUGUUUGUCGUCCUGUACAAAGACAUUCAAACUAUCCAGAGUAUUUUUAUAUAAUGUGGGAUGAAUUAGGAUUUAGAGUGCUAUUGACAUUUCUGGGAACAUGGUGUGUGGCUGGUUUAGCAAAGACAAGAGCCUGUUGUGUGGACAUCGCUGCCUGAGUUUUCCUCUGAAGCUGGAGCUGUGUCUCUGACCCAGUCAGGGAUAGAUGGACAAGAGAAGCCUUCCCUGAAUUCUCACGGCUGCUCACUCCGUCACGGAGGCAAGAUGUUGCCAAGUGGGGUUCUGGGAACAGGAUGCAGCGAUGGGUUCAUCAGACCUGAGCGAGGGACUAAAGCUCUGACCAGAGAGCUCUGAAGAUUGGGGGAAGGUUGAAGAUCUGAAAAUUCCGUUCACGAAGAGGCUGAAUUGAAGAACCUUGGGCCACACGAUACUGAGCCGAGCCUUUCUCUUCUUCCUUCAAGCUCUGUAAGCCACCAUGGCAUCUGGCGUCUUCAAGCCUGACUCUGUAAUUAGCAACAAAUCAUCCGUCCAAUUCAAAUAUUUGGCUCUAUUAUUUCUUCCAUCGGUUUUGGGCACGCGAUGACCGGGGAGAGUUUGGGUCCUGCCUUCGUGAACAUCUAAAGCCACACUCAGUUCUUUACAGAACGAAAUCCAUGAACUAUGAUUUCAUGGGUCUUAAUUUUGAUCUUAAAGGGUUAUUUAUCUCGUACGUGUGAGUUCAGUUCUAGGACGCUGCCCGUGGUCAAGAGUGAAAAACAUGGACUGUUCAAUCUCGACCCUUUUCAAUCUUGACCCUUUUAACCUGUCUUGGGAAGAAGCUUACAUUUUAAUUUAAAAGGAAGGUCAGUUAUAUCCACGCAUAAAAGAAUUAGCAGAAGCUUUGUAAGUGAUGUUACAGAUACUAAUAGGAGGGAUCUGAUCUUUGUUUUGUUACGGAGACUUGAAAUGUGGAGCUACCAUGCAAAUAUGCUCUUUUUUCUGUUGUUCUGCUUUAUCUGGUACAUUUCUUGUAUUUUCAGACUCAGUAUAUAUCUCAUGCAGAUUUUUGUAAUGAACUAUUUUGUGUGGACAGACAAAACGGGCACCAAGGGAAACCUGGCCAACAAAGAAGAAAAUCCUACACGAACACGACAAUUAUGUACGAUGUGAGUGCCGAUUGCAAACUAAGAUUUUAAUCCUUAAAGCACAACGGAACUGAGUAUGAAUGUUUGACUUUUCAGUGAAAUAAGCACCACUCUUUGAGGACUUCACGCUGCAGUCACCCCUUAUCCGCGGGCGCGCACGUUUUCUCUCUCUUUGCAGCCCUCUUUGCUGUAAGAUGGCUGUUCCUCCUUGAUACGCUCACCUUGGAGCUGUACCCUGAAUUGGUAUUUUGGUUCUGGUAACAAUAAAGAGUUUUCAAUUGUCAAGUAA